AUGGCUUUUUCGGUUCAUAGUCUCCUGAUCAGUGACAGCGUAGAUGCCAGUUGUAAGAAAAUCCUAGAGGAGAGUGGAAUCAACGUGGUGGAGAAGAAAAAUAUGACCGAGGAUGAACUGCUUGUUGAAAUAAAGGACUACAAUGGACUUAUAAUCCGCUCUGGAACAAAGGUUACAGCUGAUGUGAUAAACGCUGCAAAGAACCUGAAGAUAAUUGGUAGAGCUGGAACAGGAGUGGAUAAUGUGGACAUAGAUGCUUCAACAAGGAAUGGAAUUAUUGUAAUGAACACACCAAAUGGAAACACAAUCAGUGCUGCUGAAUUGACUUGUGGAAUGAUCAUGUGUUUGGCCAGAAAAAUUCCUCAAGGAGCUGCUUCCAUGAAAGCUGGAAACUGGGAAAGAAAAAAGUUCAUGGGCAUGGAGUUAUAUGGGAAAACACUUGGAAUUGUGGGACUUGGAAGAAUUGGUAAAGAAGUAGCAAUAAGGAUGCAGUCCUUCGGAAUGAAGACUAUAGGCUAUGAUCCAAUAAUUCCUGCUGAGGUGGCAAGUACAUUUGGAGUGGAGUUCAUGUCUCUGGAACAUCUUUGGCCUCAAUCUGACUUCAUCACUGUCCAUACACCUUUAAUGCCAUCUACUGAAGGAUUGCUGAAUGAUGAAACAUUUGCCAAAUGUAAAAAAGGAGUGAAGGUUAUUAACUGUGCUCGAGGAGGUAUUAUUGAUGAGGAAGCAUUGCUUCGAGCACUGGAAUCCGGACAGUGUGGUGGUGCUGGAUUAGAUGUAUUUGUAGAGGAACCACCCAAGAAUCUCUGUCUUGUGAAUCAUCCAAAUGUAAUAGCAUGUCCACAUCUAGGUGCAAGUACCUACGAAGCCCAGGAACGCUGUGGAAAGGAUAUUGCAGCUCAAAUUGUGGACAUGGUGAAGGGCAGCUCACUAGUUGGAGCGAUUAAUGCCCAGGCUCUCAGAUGUGCUGUGUUUCCUGAAACAAAACCCUGGAUCCAGCUUGGAGAAGCACUGGGAAUGGUGGCAAAAGCAUUUACUGGACAAGUAAAUGGUCAAACAAAAGUGCAUGUUGCAACAGCAGGUAUGUCUUUGAGAAAUACUGAGCAUUGUGUUGCUUCAGCUGUGACUCUGGGGCUGCUUAAAGGAGACUUGGAAAACCAAGUUAACCUCAUCAAUGCAUCUUUACUUGCAAAAGAAGCAGGAUUAACUGUCAUUGCCAAGCAUGAUGAUGCAGUUCUAGGUGACCCUACUAAUGUAUGUGCAUUGGAGAUCACUACUUCCAGUGCCUCCCAUAAGUUCCUGGGUUCCAUUCAAGUUGACCUUCCAGUGCUUCUGGAAGUUGAUGGAGCAGCAUUCAAGCAGGCAGUUCCUCUCAGUGGAAAUUUGCUAAUUUACAAAGCUGAGCCAUUUCCUCAAGCUUUACAAUCUGUUGCAGGUGUGCUGGCUUCAGCUGGAAUUCAGAUUGAAUCAUACAAUGUUACAACUGCUGUAGAAGGACACCAGUGGUGCAUUAUGAGAAUUACUUCAUUGUUAGUAGAUUUGAAUCUUCUUGAGCAUUAUGUGAAGGUAUCAAUGCAGCUGACAAUAUGAAUAGCAUGUUCUUCAUUUAGAAAAAAAGCAUCAAAAUUUAGAAGUCAAUUUGACCAGAGAAAGUGGUGUAUGGUUUGAAUUUACUGUAAUAAUGGUGCCUUUUUCAAUAGUACUGAUUAAAUUGACAAAAUGACUAAUAAGCUAAUGUAAACAGAAGCCAGUGCAUGAGAUUUUUUUCAGUAAUACACCUCUGCCGUUAACAUAAAAGCAGAAAAUGCUCAAAGGUUGCAACAUGUCAGGCUGUGUGUUCAAAACUCUAUCCGUUACACCAUCGAACAAUCAUUUGUUUCUUGGUAACAGGCAAAUAAAGUAUGAUUGAGUAACUGCUCUUGAACUGAAAGUAUUAAUAUUUCCUCUCACACCACAGAGAGGGCUGAGAAGAUCCCAUGGCAAGUCAACUAUCUUAUGACUAUUCACAUCAUUAGAUUUGUUACCUUGGCAUUCCCACCUAUAAUAGUAAUUGUGACCAACAGUCCUCAUCUAUGCAGAGAAUACUGGUAUAGGGACUUGUCAAAAGAGAAGGAACAGUUCAACAGUAUCAAGCCAGAAGUUUAAGUUUCUAGAACUUUGGAACAACUUUGUUCAGGAUCACAAUGACUUUGAAUAAUUAUACUGAUGCUGAGCAGAAGUACAGAUAACCCCCAUAUUAUGGCCAUUAGGGUUAUGGAAAUUCACUCUUACAUAAUUCACAAACCUCUACUCAAAAAACUUGAGAUAUGGAAUAAAAUUGGUUCUUGGGAUUUAUUUGGGGGAAGAAAAAAAUGUAAAUACACAAAAUUAUUUUCAAUUUGUGUUUCUUGACACUUGCAAAUGAAGUGGCUUCAAACUAUAGAACAUUGUGAUACGGAUUACUUUAUCGGAACGCAACCACCCCUCCCCAUUAGCAUGGUUGUUACCUGUGUUCCCAUUAGAUAGAAUAUUAAUAACAAAAUGUUCUCCAUCAAAACAUCUGCACUUUUGUUUUUGUAAACCACACCACCACACUGCAGAUAACAUAGCUAAGGUACUGCCUGACCUGCUGAGUUCCUCUAACACUUUGUGUGUAUGUGUGUGUAGCAGUUAAUUGGCCAGUGCUGGUUCGCGGCCAGUCUCAAAUUUAAUAUUGCCACAACUCACAAAGGUCAAGAGCCAGCAAGGAGUCCAACACAAUGAAUAACAAGACCACAUUGUGACACUAGUCACUGCAAUUUAGCAGAGUCAGGUUUCCAUGAAUUAUAUUUGCCAAAUGAAAGAUCAUCAGCCUGAAAUAUUAACUGUUCUCUCCACAAAUAUAGUUAACCGACUGAGCAUUUUCAGUACUUUUCUGUUUUCAUUUUUGACCUUUGCAAAAUUAUCAUUGUUUCAGCAAUAAUUGACAUUCAUCAAU